AUGGGCCCGCCAGGGGUGCUGCCAGUGGCGUCGUCGCGGCUGUCGUUCGCCGGUGCGCCUCAACCGUACUACAUCCCUGCGCUUUUGCAAUCGGCGAGAAGCAGCGCGGCGGAGAUGUUUCACUUUCCGCGGUCGCCAAGUACGGAGUCUGACGACCUUUACCCAGAUUCUUCGCAAGUGGACAUACCACGGCUAAUGGCUGCUCCCGGCUUUCCUCCUCACACGGUGGGUCCUCCUCACAAGUCGCACCAUCGCCGCUCGCGAAGCAGCAUGAGCGACGAGCAGACGAACAUGAACCCAGCGGGUUACCACCUUCGUGCUGAGCCGCAACAGCCAUCCGAGUACACCCACUGCCUCACCUGGCAGGGUGGGCCCAGGCGGUACAGCAACGAAGGAACAGGGCCAGUACCCAGAGUUACGUCACAUGACGUGGCAGUGGUAACCACCAAUGGUGGUAACGUCACGGUGGCGAGUGUUUCCGCCAACCCAGGUGGUUUCGCUUCAGAAAAACGAGGAUCUGGGCGGCUGUGCAGGAGUGUUCAGGACGAUGACGUGGCAGAGGGAGCGGCGCCGUGCCAGCGUGGCAAACCGAGCGCGGAAGGGGUGGGGAAGGAACGGGCAGCAUGUUCACGCAGUAGAGAAAAACGAGGAUCUGGUAGGAUGGAUGGGAGGACGAAUGGCCGGAGUGAAUCAGGAGACAGCGAGGAGAAAUUGGCUGGGUCAGGGGGCGUAGGGAGGAGUGUGGCAGGGUCAGGGAAAAUAUCAUCUGGACGGCUGUGCAGGAAUCUGGGGGACGACGAGGACGAGGAUCAACGGUCAGGAAAGGGUGGGUCAGGGAGGCUGCGGAGGAACUUGGAGAACGACGACGUGGCAGCGGCUGAUGGUACGCCGCCACGUCAGCGUGUUCCAGCGGGGCUGUCCGCUGCGCGCCGCAAUCCACUGCCCCGCCACGCGAAGGGAGGAUCGGAAGGAGACGGGAGGCAGCCAGACGGAACCACACGUAGUACUCAACCGAACCCCACACGGACUCAGCCAAAUUCGCAGGGCCAAGCGAAGCAGAGAAGCCAAAUUCAGUGGAACCUGGAGGAGGAUGACUGCGAGCACCGCAGCAGAUCCCCCCGGGUGUCAGCAUCAGGCUCAGAUCGCCUGCCGUCGGGAGAGGCUCGAGAGCGCAGCAGCUCACCCCGCGUAGGCCCUGCUGGUAGUAACGCCACGAGGUCAGGAUCUGGCCCACGGACAGCUGGGGCAGCGGCUGGGAGGGGUGAGGGUGCUAGCACACGGCAGAGCAGCAGGCCGAGCAGGGGCAUGGAGAGGGAUGGUGGUGUAGGAAGGGCUGGUAGUGAUGCUUCUAGUUCCCGGCAGAACAGCAGGCUUGGAGGGUGUGUGGAGAAGGAGGGUGGGGCUGCUCAGCAAGGCUCGGUGGUUGGUAAGAAAUUGCCGAGCCGGGGCGUCAGGUUUGGGGUUGGGCAUGGGGAUGGUGUGGCGAGUGAGCGUGGUGUGGUUGGGCGGAGAGGUGUGCGUGGUGGGGAGAGGGGAGGGGAGAACAGCCAGGGCGGGAGUGGGCAUGGGAGGAGGCAGCCGGUGAAACUGGAUCGGAGCUUGGAUGAUGAUGACAAGAAGGAUGGCGAGAUUGCUGGUGAAAAUAAUGCGUCACCAUCAGGGAGGAGGCUUGAGAGGAGUAUUGACGAGGAGGAUGAUGAAGAUAACUGCAAAAUUGCAGCUUUGGGAGCAAGUCAAAAGCCGCGAAAGAGCCUUGAGCGUCACUUGUCGGACGAUGAUGAUGAUGACGAUGAGAAUGAGAGGGCUUUGGGUAGGAAGAGUAGAGGAGGUAGCAGGCGUUAG